AUGGCCUCCAAGGAGUCCCUGCUCACCGGUGUCCGCCUGCUGGCCGUCCUCAUCUACGGCUACUCCAUCUACUAUCAGCAGAUCACCCCAAACCCCUUCAAUGUGCAUCGCAUCGGCAAGCUGAAGUUUCUCACCUACUGGGAUCUGCUUCUGCAGUUUUCCUUCUUCACACUGCUACUGCUCAGUCAGUCGCUGCUGAAGAUCAAGUCGAAGUCGCUGACCAAGGCGAUCGAUGUCAUCUUCUACUCGCUCGCUCUGCCCGUCUCACUGAUAGUGGCCGUUACCUUCUGGGGCCUCUACGCCAUCGAUAGGGAAAUCAUCUUUCCGAAGGCGAUUGAGAAGUACUACCCCGUCUGGCUGAACCAUGCCACG